AUGACGACCGUCGCACAGCGACGCGAUCUUGCUGGGCUUGUGAAGCGAGUCUACAUCCACCCGUAUCUCCUCGAAUCGCUUGGUGCGACAGACCACCCUCGAGAAGGUUUCAACCCUUCUUGCCGGCGGGAGUACAUCACCGACAAAGAAGCCUGCCUGGAGCUGCGGGCAUUCGCAGCCUCGAUAAGGGUCGCAAAGCCGCGAAAACCGAGAACGGGCGAUUUUCUCUCGCUUCUUCUCGCUGCACUGCCAAACCUCGACCGGUGCAGCUUCCAGCUUGCCCCCUAUAAUGAUGACAUUGUUCGUGCUGCGCGACUAUCCGCGGCGGGUGUUACAGAGCUCCCGCUGCGCACACUCGACAUCUCGCAGCGCACCGGCUGGAUACAAAGCGACUCGCUCAGCUUUGAGAACUGCGUGCGAGCGCUUUUCAACGUAGCCUUCCACCUCGAAACGCUCAAUCUGCAUGCGUGCCACGUGGUUCAGCCCAAGACCUACGCUCCAUUCCUGGCCAAUCUCAAGUAUCUCCGGAUGACUCUCGACCGGUCACCUAGCAGCAGAUUGGAAGUCCUACUUUCCUCGUGUACGAGUCUGCGCAGCUUCACCUACGAGUCCGCGGUCUACCAGUACAGCACCUAUCGUUCGGAGGAAAACUUCCGCCUACACCAUGCGGUCGAGUAUCUGCAUCACAGCCGGGAGACGCUCGAAUCCGUACACCUUGACCUGAGGCUGCGUGGACGACCGAGGCCCGGAACUCAUGAGCCGGCCACGGCGAUACCGAGCUUUCGUAACUUUCCAGCAAUGAAAAAGCUGCUCGUUAACCUGCAGGAGUUUAAGACUUUGCCCUUGGCAGACGUCAAAAUCCUACCAGAGUUCCUCCCACCGAAUAUCGGGUUCCUGCAGCUCCCCGGUGAGAUUGACGAGUGCCAUGUUGACCGGCCGCGAGAGAGAGAAAUACCAGUCCUCUCCGGGCUCGCCGAGGCAAUUGCCCAAGGCGGUUUUCCGAAGCUAAAAGAAAUUCAAUGCGAUGACUUCCUUGGUCCGCCCGACGUAGAAGUUAUCACCAGUAGGCUCGCAGCAGUGGGGGUUGCUGUUGGGUACAGGACCUGGCCGUCGACGACGUUUACACUGGAUGACACGAAGUGGUCGGAUUUGCCUACGAUGUUUUCUCCUCCAGCAGGCUACGAAAAUGAGAUUGGUUAUAGUAUACCGUUCCCGGAUGAAAAUGAGCCUGAUCUUUGA